UGCAGGCGGGCCGCUCGGACUGGAGCUCAGUCUGCAGGUCCUCCGCGGAGCUGAGCUGAACCACAGAGAGACUCGCGGAGAUUUAACGGACAAAAUUCACCUUUUCUGGUCGUUCUUUCAGACAAUGUGAGGAAAAUGUCCGGAACGAGCUCUGACUGGGUGGAAAUCCUGGAGCCCCGCUCCCGAGAGCACAUGUACGUAAACCUGGCAACAGGAGAGUGUGGCUGGGACCCGCCUGUCUACGCUCCUGUUCGCCAGGCUGACGGCAACCAGUGGUGGGAGCUCUUCGACCCCCAGAGUGGCCGAUUCUACUACUACAACGCCACUGGUCGGCUGACCGUUUGGCACCGGCCACAAGGAGCUGACAUCGUGCCCCUCUCUCAGCUCCAGGCCAUGAAGCGCUGCGCGGAAACUGAACGCAGGGCAGACGGUACUAAAGAGAGGCAGUACGGGACUGGGAGCAGCAAGAGCCUAGGCAGGCACACUCCUCAGCCUCCAGCUGAACCCUUCACUAAAGAACCUGAAACUCCUGAGAGAGAGACCAAAGAACAAGACCCUGAGAACACGCAGCAGCCAGAUCCCAGCUCAGAUAGUGGGAAGGAUUCGCUCAGUGAAGAUCAGCGCCGGGACACAGCUCAGAGAUGGCAGCCCCCUCCUGGUUCUAAGGCCACCAUGUUGGUAAAGGUUAACAGCAUUGGGCGAAACCAGACAAGAGGAACCACAGAAUCUGCUUCCCUUCAGCUCCCGAGCGACAGUACCCACAGUAAAGCCGGCAGUCAUGGUGCCUGCACUCUAAAUCCGGGGAGUACCAAGUCAGCAGCAAACUACUUGUUGUGUGCUCAGGCUUACAAAACCACACCAGCUGGCAAGAUGGCUCCGGACACCAGGCAGGCCCACCACCUGAGAAAGGCCAGCAAUGGUAGCUUCUGUUUGGUGACCUCCGGCGACACUGUCCAACAACAGGUAUCCCUUAGGGUUCAAUCCAGCACCCCCAGGCCAGUGUCUCCUCACUAUGGAGCGACUGCACGCCUGUAUGAGGACCCCCCAACAGAUAGUCCUAUUUAUGAUGAACCUCCAGUUGAUAUGGAAGUAGAGGGUGCUCACCUUCAUAGUGCCUCAGCCCGUCACGGGCACAGCCUGCAGAAGACUAAGCUUCUCCAGCACCCAGGACAGACUCACUCUGCUUCCAGACACAAAAGAAACCCCUCAGCAUCGGACUACAGCCCAGCUGGUCUGGAGUGCAUCAGACACAUGGUGAAUGUCGAUCCUAAACAGGCACUCCUUUCAUCGUCCCUUCUUUCCCCAAGCCCCUCAACCUCUUCUGGGCCUGAAUCUGCGCCCUCCCAGGCCCAAAAAGAAACCGUCAGCCUGGAGAAGAAGCAGUCAUGGAGGCUUCUAGAAGCUGGUGUGCUCAGGGCCAUGGAAGUGCAUCAUAGCCGGCAAACCAGCCAGGUCUCUCAGGACUACUCCACCCCACCACCUCCUACAGGAACCUACCAAGACUCUGGAUACUCCACUGGACCAUCCCCUAGUUUGCGGAGGAAGAGCAGGAGAAGGAUUGGCGCUGGGAUCCAGUGCCGUCCCGGCUCUGUGGGUAGCACCGGAGAGCUCACUGCCCUAAACGAGCGUCUGAUGGCCGAGAUGAGGGAGGUGGUGAGCCGCUCCAACACAAUGCGUGAGACCAAGACAGGUCUGGAUUCAGAGAUGUUGGAGGGCUGCACAGUGCAGCAAUCACGUUCCCCUCUGGGCUCACCCAGGAGGUUUGGUGGUGGAGCAAGGUGUUCCUCCAGGGAAGACAUUGCCUCAAGCAGCAGGUCUUUAAGCAGAUCAGGAAACUAUGCCAGUGUGACCCUUGCCACGCUGGAGAUCCCUGGCAGGCAGAAGAGGACGUACGAGAAGGUGGACACACUGGAAAAGAGUAUUAACAGCCAGGUUAGCCUCUCCUCUCCUGAGACUCCUGGACCCCCUUCACAGGCAGGAACGCUAGACUUGAAGGCUCAGCUCGAGAACAGGAAAAAAGGCAUGGUCGACGGCCGGACGGCCUCUCUCGGCCCUCCUGGUGGCGCCACGGCGCGAGUCACAAGUGGGGACUACCAGCUGUCCUACGCCACCAUGCGGCAGCCUCCCCCGCCGGACACCGCAGGUAUGGCCGACUGGGCCAGCAAGCACCUGAACCUGCACACGCAGGGCCUGUUCCGGCGCCGGGUUUCCAUCGCCAACAUGCUCUCCUGGAACCGCGGCUCCAUCAAGAAGCCAAUGCUGGUGACCAGCGACCGCACCGUGCGGAAGGAGGCCUGCGAGAUGUUCAAGCUAGUCCAGGCCUACAUGGGUGACCGACCGUCGAGGCUCGACCGCCGACACGCAGCCCUCCUCAUCGUCACCAAGUGUUGGGGCAUGCAGGGCCUGCGGGAUGAGCUGUACGUGCAGCUGGUGAGACAGACCACGGGUAACACCAGCCCUCGCAGCCUGGCCACUGGCUGGGAGCUUAUGGCAGUCAGCCUGGCUUUCUUCGCUCCCUCACCCAAAUUCUGCUGCUACCUGGAGGGCUACAUCCAGCGCCACAUGGACCCGACCAGUGAUAAGAAACGUGAGUUUCUUGGUCAGGAACAGGUUACUCAGUUCAUUCUGGACCAGCAGGACUUUAAGAAGAAGAAUUCAAAGUCCAGAAAGAAGAGAAAGCAGAACACAGACGAAGAAGAAGAGGCUCUCCCUAUAAGCACGUAUGCCAAGUUCUGCUACCGUAAACUGAAGAAAGUGGCUGUCACCGGCGGGAAAAAGGGCCUUCGUAAGCCCACCCUAGAGGAGGUGGACCACAGCAGGAGAGCAAUCAUCACCCCCUCUCUGUUUGGGAGCUCUUUAGAGGAAGUGAUGGAAAGACAGAGUGAGCUCUUCCCAGACAGGAAGUUGCCCUGGGUGCAGGUGCAGCUCUCGCAGUACAUCCUGGCUCUCGGAGGCGCUCAGACCGAAGGAAUAUUCCGGGUUCCAGGAGACAUUGAUGAAGUCAAUGCUCUGAAGCUACAGGUGGAUCAGUGGAGGAUUCCAGAGAACCUUUCAGAUCCCAAUGUUCCAGCAUCUCUAAUGAAACUGUGGUAUCGAGAACUAGAAGAGCCCCUGAUCCCCAUGAGUUUCUACAAGCAGUGCAUCAGUAACUGCGACGACCCCGUGGCAGCCAUCAGCGUAGUUCAGUCCCUGCCGGACCUCAACAGACUGGUGCUGUUCUACUUCAUCCACUUCCUUCAGGUGUUUGCCCAGCCUGCCAAUGUGUCUGUUACCAAGAUGGACGUGAACAACCUGGCCAUGGUGAUGGCCCCCAACUGCCUGCGCUGCCAGUCGGAUGACCCCCGCAUCAUAUUCGAGAACACGCGGAAAGAGAUGGCCUUCUUACGCAUGCUUAUCGUCCAUCUUGAUACGAGCUUCAUCGAGGGGAUUGUGUGAUGUCCAUUACCGACCAGCUCAGUUUAAGAUCUUACAUGUGCUCUUUCUAAAUGUCGAAUGCACUGAACCCAACAGGUCCGAUCUCAGUGAUGUACAGACUCAAACCGGACUUAAAGCCGUUCUCCCAGCCAUCUUAAUGGCUGGAUUUGUACAGCUUCACAAAGCAAUACAUCAUCAUCUCCUCCUGCACUCUUUCUUCAUCACUCCUAAAACUAAAAAGAAGCUUUAGACGGUUCUCUGAGCAAAACCACAGAAGAACCACUUUUGAUUCUAUACAUUUGUUCCAACCAUGUUUGUAAUAAAAGAUGUGGUAGUGUAAAACACCUUAACAUAAAGUGAAGGUUCUUCAGAAUGUUCUUCAACUUUUGCAGGACUGGUUCUUCUUAUGGAAGUGGUUCUUCUGUGGCGUCCCUCCGAGAACCAUUAGAACCACCAUUAUUUAUAGAGUUUAUACUCCAGUGUUUUAGACUGAGGUUUAUGUUAUGAAACAGGUGAAGAUGCAGGUGUGGUAUACAGGGGUUGCAAGGUGUAAUUGUCUCAGAGUAAGCCAUAGUGACGUCAUAAUCAGCGUCCUUUACAACUAUCCUCUCUGUUUUGUUGUUUUAUUUUGUUUUUUGGCAAGUGUGUUUCAAAAAAAGCUGUGUAUAAUUUGUUAUUCUGUACAGACAAAGCUGUUGUUAGUUUACUAACGAUAUGUUAACAGAUAAAAGCUGUAGUUGUAAUGAGGUUUUGUUAGAGCAGACAGAGCGCCUUUUGAUAUUUUAAGCCCUUGAAAAAAAUAAUAUAUAGUAUUUUAAGCAAUAAGAGUUUUCUACUGUGCUCUUUUAUGGAACUUGGAAAAAAAACAGGCAUUAUUCAGACACUGUACCGACAAUCAGAACCUUAGCACCAGAACCUGAUUGGUGUGUUGGCCGCCCGAUGGACAGUCCACUGCUUCUCAUUGCAUCUGUAAAUAUUCAGAAGUUUUCUAUUGAACAGAAAUUAAACAGACUGAACUGAAUCAGUCGUCUGAUCCUUUAGUUGUCGGACACGAGUUUGAAUCACCAGGACUUUUGGACUUUUUGCCCACACUGAACUGUAUGAACACAGUUCUAAAUUUUAUAUUUCUUUAUCCAUGUUAACUGCAGUGUUAUUGAUUGUGAUGUUAUUGGUGUAAAUACAGUAAACGGGCAGUAACGCAUCUUUUACUGACUGUGCUUGAAUGAUCUGUGUAAGCGUAGCAUAGAAUUCUAAACAAAAGAGAACCUGUUUUGCUUUUUUGUGAUCAGUGUUUAUUACAGUGUUAUAAGCUGCACAUGUAUGAUUGAAAUGUACCUAAAAUAACGUGUUCUGUGUAAGUUUAUUUGUGUGAUGGUCCAAAAGAGGGAAAAAACAAUAAAAGGUUUCUCAAUUCUGUGAGAAUUCGUCUUGA